AUGAGCGUGGCUUUGGCUAGAGCGCCAACUAUGGUCUACUUUACCGCCUACGCAACAGUCAACGAAAACACACUCUACAUCCAGGGCGGAGUCGAUGUCACCAACUCCUCUACCAAAUACGACCAAUUCUUUUCUCUGGAUCUGACGCGGAGCUGGAAUACCUCGAACCCUCCUUGGUCCGAGGUCAUCACCGCUGCCGGCGGUCGCAUCCCAGCUCGGCUCAAGACCUCCUAUCACUCAAUAUCCCUCUCGAAGGACAAGAAGACGCUAUCGUUUUGGGAUCUGUACAAUGCUCCUCCCUACGGCGCAAGUUUUCACCUCGACACCAACAAAUGGGAGGACCUCCCAGAUCUACCGGCUCAAAUACCCGUCGACCUCAAAGUAUUGAAAGCAGCGACUGAUGCUACAACAGAUCAACAUCUCUAG